AUGAGUACUUCACAAGAAGAUGCUCGUGAAGCUCGUCGACUUCUUCGUAACGAGCGUGAUAGGGAGAGAAGAAGGAGCGAGACUGAGGAAGAGAAAAGAGGGAGGAGGGACAAGAGAAAUGCUAGAGAUAGGUCUCGUCGCGCCCGAAGACAACAAAUAGAGUCUCCUUCUGUCAGAGAAGAUCACCUGUCUGAAGAAAGAGCCAGGAUACGAAGGAUAAGAGAACAAGAGGAACCUGCUGAGAGGGAACAGAGGCUUGCAGUUCAUAGAGUUUGGGCGGCAUUGAGGAGAGAACAAGAGGAUCCUGCUGAGAGAGAACAGCGAUUGGCAGGUGAAAGAGCUCUAAGUACAUUGAGGAGAGAACAAGAGGAUCCUGCUGAGAGAGAACAGCGAUUGGCAGGUGAAAGAAUUCGAAGUACAUUGAGGAGAGAACAAGAGGAUCCUGCUGAGAGAGAACAGCGAUUGGCAGGUCAAAGAACUCUAAGUACAUUGAGGAGAGAACAAGAGGAUCCUGCUGAGAGAGAGGAACGGCUGGCUGGUAAUAGGGCUAGGGCUGCUCAACGCAGGAGAUUAGAGGAGGAAGAGGUUCUGCCUAUCAACACACAGAUGUUAAACCUUCAUGAAGCUCUUUCUUCCAUUACUUCUUCUAAAUGUGAGACGUGUUGA